ACGGCGAAUUCAGUUGCUGUCACUGUCAAACGUCGAAGCACACCACGUGAAAUUUCUAUACACAACAUUGUGGUCGACACACAAACUGUUUCGUUUUAGUACCGGUUGAAUAUACCUCGUUUUUAUGUGAAAAAAAAACUGAAAAAAAAUUUCAAUUAUAGAAAAAGUUCAAUUUUAUCGGUGAAAAAAACAGCAAAAUUUCAAUGGAUUUGAUAAAGACCAUUGACGAAGAUGCGGAAGUUGAGAAUUUUUCAGAGGAUUCCGAUGCUGAAGUAGAGUAUCAACCGACAAAAGUGCGUCGCAAGAAGAAGGAAGAGUUCAGUGAUAAUUUCGAGUUUGUGUCAUCGGUGUCGCAGUACAAUCGCGACACAUGGGACGAUUUAAUGAAGUAUGUGAAGCGUAAGGCGCGUACAAAGACCGACGACAAAAUUGCUGAAACGCUGAAGAAUCGAGCUGAUGAUGAAUCGAGUGAAUCAGAUGAAGAGGCGGAGAAUGAGGAUGAAUUUGAUUUGUCCGAUGAUGAUUUGAAGCAUGACAACCUACGGCUCAAAGAGAAACGAAAAAAGAAGCAGCGCAAAGGUCUCGAUAUGCCGGAUAGUGAUGGUGAAAAUGAUGCGGACUUUUUUGAAGUGGCUGACGGUAGUGAAACGGUUUCAUCGUUUUAUCAAAUGAAUUUGUCGCGUCCGUUGAUGCGAGCGAUUGGUGUUUUGGGCUACACAUAUCCAACACCAAUUCAAGCAUCGACCAUUCCGAUUGCACUGUUGGGUCGUGAUAUUUGCGGUUGUGCUGCGACGGGAACGGGAAAAACAGCAGCCUAUAUGUUACCAACACUUGAACGUUUGCUCUAUCGUCCAUCGAACAAUCAAACCGUGACGCGAGUUCUAGUCUUGGUGCCGACCCGUGAGUUGGGCGCUCAAGUCUAUCAAGUGUCAAAGCAAUUGUGUCAAUUUACAACGAUCGAAAUUGGGUUGGCCAUUGGCGGGUUGGAUUUGAAAGCACAAGAAACCGUUCUGAGACAAAAUCCAGACAUUGUCAUUGCCACACCCGGUCGUCUUAUUGAUCACAUCAAAAAUACGCCUAGCUUUACAUUGGACUCGAUUGAGGUGUUGAUUUUGGACGAAGCCGAUCGGAUGUUGGACGAGUAUUUUGCGGAGCAAAUGAAGGAAAUUAUCAACAGUUGUUCACGAACGCGACAAACGAUGCUCUUCUCCGCUACGAUGAGCGAACAGGUGAAAGAUUUGGCGGCCGUUUCGCUGGAGAAACCGGUCAAAGUGUUUGUCAAUACAAACCAAACCGUUGCUUUUAAUUUGCGUCAAGAGUUUAUUCGGAUUCGUAAACGUGUCGAACCAAAACCGUUGCCAAAGGAGGAGGAGGAGGAGGUGGAGAAUGGAAAUGACAACGAAGAGGAAGCGGCCGAUGACUCAGAUGAUGACGGACAAUCAAAGAAGAAUGGACGAGGAGGCCCACGAAGAGGUGGUAGAGGUGGUCGUGGUGGUCGUGGUGGUCAUGGUGGUCGAGGUGGUCUACAGAAACGUGGCGGUAAAAAUUAUCAACUGCAAAAAGAGCGCGACGAAAAGGAGCAAGAGGACAAAGAUCGUGAACCAAUUUUGGCCGCUUUGAUCUGCCGUACGUUCCAUGAUCACUGCAUGAUUUUUGUGCAGCGUAAGAAACAAGCGCAUCGUUUGCACAUUCUACUGGGUUUGCUCGGCAUUAAGGCCGGUGAAUUGCACGGCAAUUUGACGCAACAACAACGUUUGGAAUCGUUGAAGCAGUUCAAAGAAGAACAAAUCGAUGUGCUGAUCGCAACCGAUGUUGCCGCUCGUGGUUUGGAUAUUGUCGGCGUGAAAACGGUCAUCAACUUUAAUAUGCCAUUGUCGACGGAACAUUACAUUCAUCGUGUGGGUCGUACGGCUCGUGCUGGUCGCGCCGGUAUUUCCGUGUCAUUGGCCGAUGAACGUGAACGUAAACUAGUCAAGGAUAUCAUUAAAAGCGCCGAAACGCCCGUCAAAAAUCGUAUCAUUCCAACCGAAAUUCUGGACAAGUACAACAAAAAAAUGGAACAGUUGGAACCCGAAAUUAGAAAAAUUCUGAACGAAGAGCGCGACGAGCGGUUGUUUUCAAAGAUGGAGCAACAAAUAGCCAAGCAGGAAUUGUCGUUGAGAGGAAUGGGCGAUCGUGAGCGUACUUGGUUCCAAACGAUGAAACAUCGUAAGUCGGAAAAAGAGCGACUGGACAAUCAAUUCAAGGCAGCCGAAGCGGCCAAAAAUAACCCCGGUAAACGUACGGCCGCCGAUGACCUCAGCAAAUUGAGUGAAUCGAAACGGAAGAAGAAAGAAGAGGCAACCGCAAAGAAAACACCUUCACAAAUGGCCAAACAGAAGGUUCGUGACCAACAAGAGAAGAUUUCGUUCCUACGGGCCAAAGCAAGUAAAAUCGCACACAAAACCAAACGAAUUCGACAAGUGGACGAAAUUAAUGAACGGGCAACGGUUCGGAAUAAGCGGGAAUCCAAAUUCUCCGUCGAUUUGACCAAUACCAGUCGUCGCAAUGCCAAGAAACUCAGAUACGACGCGAAUUCGCACCAGAAGACACAGAAAUUGAAUGCGAAAAAGAAGACGAGCAAAGUGAAGAUUGUGAAUAAGGCGGGCGAGAAUAAGUUCAACAAAGGCAAAAACUUCAAUGCACCACGAAAGGGUGGCAAACCGGGCAAGAAAAAGUGAAUCCGAUGCAAAUGUCAGAAUUAAAAUUUAGAACGCGUAAAUUGUUUUUUAAUCAAUUGGUUCAUAGAUUUAAGUUUUUUUUCUCCUGUCAAAUUCAAACGAGAAAAUUAAUGAAAAAUAAAAUUUCAAAAAAUGAAUAAAACUUGACGAUUUUUUGAAAAUAAA